AUGAACAACCAAAGGGUAACCUAUGCAGAACUGAAUCUACAUGGCAAUUUAAAGAGGCAGCAAAGAAAAUCAAAGGACCCCCAAAGCUCUGUCACAGUAACUGAGCAGGAAAUAACAUAUACAGAAUUAAAUCUUCAAAAUGUUUCUCAGGAUCCACAUGGAAAUGAGAAACACUACUACUGCAAAGAUUUACCAUCACCACUAGAGAAACUCAUUGCUGGAAUCUUGGCACUCCUAUGCCUUGUGUUAAUGGUACUAUUGAUCACAGUUAUUUCCUCUGCUAAAAUGGGGGAGCCAAAAAACUCAACUGUAUCAAACUGGACCCAGAAAGAUAGUCUUUCUUCAGCUUAUCAUUGUAAACGCUGUCCAGAGGAAUGGCUCCUACAUUCCAACAAUUGUUACUAUAUUAGCAGUGAACAAAAGACAUGGAAUGAAAGUUUAAAGGACUGUAUUUCUAAGAAUUCGAAGCUGCUUUAUAUAGACAAUAAAAAAGAAAUGUCCAGAACCUAUGCAGCUGCAGAGAUGAAAAACCGAAGAGAAAACAACCCACAAUUGAAUUCUGACUCAAGAAGACAUUUAAUAAAAAAUUUACCGUUACCUCCAGGGCAGCUGCUGGCUGAGAUCCUGGGAAUUACCUGCUUGGUCUUGAUGUCUACUGUAGCAAAAACUAUAAUCCUUACUUCCUAUUAUGAAAUACAGGAAUCAAAUAAUACAUCUCUGUCAAACUGGACCCAGAAAGCUUAUCAUUGUAAACGCUGUCCAGAGGAAUGGCUCCUACAUUCCAACAGUUGUUACUAUAUUAGCAGUGAACAAAAGACAUGGAAUGAAAGUUUAGAAGACUGUUUUUCAAAAAAUUCUAAGCUGCUUUAUAUAGACAAUAAAGAGGAAUUGAAU